AUGGAAGAUCUCGAAAGUUUAACGACCGAUAUUUUACGUGCAUGUGGUUCAAUGGCACUAGAAAUGGAACUGAGUACAACCGCAAUUAAUAUUUUCUCAAGACUUCUACAAAAAAAUCCAUUUGAUGUAGAAGCUUUGUUAUUAUUAACAAGCGGUUACUUUGAAACCAGAAACUACAUUGGAGUCAUUCACACUUUACUCGGUGCUGUUAACUCAUCAGAAUCCGCCAUUGUAAACGAUUUUAGGAUAUGGAAGCAGCUGGCAGUGUCGUAUUAUAAGCUGCGUCGUUGUGAUGAUGCAAUUCAUGCUGUUGAUCAAGCGCUCUCAUUAGUUCAGGCACAUAACGAAAAGGAAGUAGCAUUAGAUCGGCAGCAAUUGUAUUUGCUUAAGUGCAGAAUUUCAAUCCUAGAAGACUCAAAAACACAAAAUAUUGAACAACUACUAAGAAAAUUUGAAGAUGCGAUAGCCGAAGUUCAAGACUCAAAUACGCCUUACCAUGUGGAAAUUUUGCUCUCCAGGGCUCAAUUACUCAAGAAACAUAGGAGAUAUCAGCAUUGCGAGGAUGACCUGCUAUCGAUAAUAAAAAUACUUUCAAGUCCACCUAGCAGAUUACAAUUUAAACCCCAGGACAUUCUGAAUAAAAUUAAUUAUGUUUGUCAUCUACUUGUCUCAAUCAAUGUGCUUAUGAAUUCGACUGACGAAAUGAACAUUGCUAAUGAACCAUUACACCUUCAGACUUGGGGAACUGUUUUAGGUCAAUUACAAACGGCAUUGUCAUCUUUCCAGCAUACUACAUCUUCUAGCCAUAAAUUAAAAAUAUUAAUGGCACAACUUAGGUGUCUAAGUAAUAUUGAUCUACAAGUUACAGUCGAAAUGUUAAAUAACGAAGUCCUAGUAUCUUCGGGACAGCAUUGUUCAUCAUUAUACUAUAUGAUUGCUCGAGUACUUUUAAAACUCGAUGGUAAAAGCAAUAUUUACCAGGCUUACGAAUGCUUUCAAAAAGCAUUGAAUCUUACUCCUGAAAGGCCAUGCCUGUGGAUUUCGGUUGCUUCUUUAUACUUGCGCCUAGGCCAGCUUGAUGAUGCACUGUCAACCUAUUCUCAAGCAGUACAUCUGGCAUUGUCGAUUGAUUCUGGCUCGGAUAAGCUAUGUAACGGACAUCAGGAUGAUUCACUAAAACAACAUCAUAAAAUGUGCUAUAAUCUUUUCGCUGCAUUCGGUUGGUUUGGAAUAUCACAAGUGUACACUGCCACAGGUGAUUUUUCCCAAGCUAUAGACGCAAUAGGUCAGGCCAUAAAGAUUUUUAAAAUAGCCGAUGAUAUUCGAAAUAUUAAUAACCUCGAGUUAGUACAUUCAAAGCUAUUGAUAUAUGAGGCACGGAGAAAACGUGGAAACUCAGCUCACACAAGCAACCUUACCGUAACAGAGAAAAUCAGAAAUAAAGAUUCCAGUGUUCCACCAAGCAUCGAUUAUUCUUCCACCGCGCACUUACCUAUGCCUUCUGUAGCAUCGUCAUCAUCAAUGAUUUCUUCUGAACUCUCAUCUGUUACGGACUUGAAACAAAAUGUAGACAAUCUUUCGAAUGGAGGGAACUUGAACAGACUCAGCACAGUAAGUUCACAAGUGGAGUAUGACUAUCCAGAUAUUCCUAUUGAAUUGUUAAUAGACUUUGAGACAUAUUGUGAUGACAAUGCGUUUUUGAUAGAGGGAGAUGUUAUGAAAUACAAACCGAUCUUCAGUGGAACCACUAACUCCCAUAAUAGAGAAUAUACUGAUACUUCGAGAAUAAAAACAAAUGAUAUCCACUUUACUCUAAAUUACUCUUCGACAAUACAAGCACCGCCUCAAACUGGCGGUCUGCUUUAUCAGUCACAUCUUGAUCGACUAGAGCGUCAAAAGGCUUCGUAUCCUGAUUAUAGUUCAAACUCUAAUACAAGAUCACCAUUCACCCAUCAAAACCAUCCCUUCACAGAACAGUCUAAUGUGCAAACGAAGCAAACACCAUAUGCUGGUCCUUUCACUUUUAACCCAUCUCAUAGCUUGAACCAUUCUUCUCAACAACCUAUACCCCCAAUUGUUUCAAACGAAAAUACGUUAUCGAACAACUUUAAUUCCCAUAUGCAGAUGGAAGCAUUAAACUCCACAUCUAUUCGGGCUGCAAAUUAUCCUCAAAGCAAUGUACAUUCACAUAGAACACUAGCAUCUUACCAUCCUCAGGCACGGCCGUCGCAUACUCAAUCUCGAGUAAUCAGAGCUCCUCAGUUCAAUGCAGGAACUGCAGGUCUACAAAAUCAAGCACAGAGCCUUGAUUAUACUGCGGGUAAUAUGCAAAACGUCUCAAUGGGAAUAAACUACCCAGGCCAUGUACCAUUAUUACCGUUAAAUGUAAAUCCUUCGACAAAUAUCCCUCACAAUUCAUAUUCAUAUCCGGAACAAAGAUAUAUCAUGGAGCAAAAGCAGCAGUAUUAUAACAAUAAUCCUUAA